GUUCCGUUGAUGGCGCCAUGGACGUGCGCAUGGCAAUGCAGAUGCGGGCAGCAGAACUGGAAUACCUCGGUGAACUGCGUCAAGUGCAACGGUCAUUGGAAGUCUUCCAAGAAAGAGAACGGCACCAACAACCACAAGGGCCGCCAGAGAUCCAAGAGCCAGAAGAGCCAGAGAUCGACAUCGGAGUCACGCCCAUGGGAAGACGAGACGAAGCCCAAUGGUGCCCCAUACGUACGAAUGGCGACUCCAGCAGAAGCACAGGCUCAUCCAGACUAUCGUCCUUUGAGUUCGCGUGCCACGGAGUCGGAGAAGAAAGAGUACUACAGAGAGAUUCGCUCCAGGCUGAACCUGCUCCAGCAGAGGUACAACUUAGCCUGGGCCAUGAGAGAGCCAGUGCAGGAGCUGGCCACAUCUAUUUCCAUACUGAGACGAAUAUUGAUAUCGGAGAAGAGUCUACAUCAGCAGAGCGCCUGGACAGAGACUACCAUUGCCAGGAUGAUGCUGCGUGUGGAAGCAGCCAACAAAGAAGUCGCAUCGCUCAAGGAUCACCUCCAGGCGAAGAUCAACGUCAGAGACAACCUCCAGGACCAGCUGGACGCGCUGAAGCGCACCAAGAUGGAGAUACACCAGCUCAUGGAGGCGGAGAAGCAGCAGAAGGAGAUGGAGACCAGCACAGACAUGGACGAGGACAAGCCGUGCCAGGGCCUAGUGGUCUUCCCCGAGCGCCCGAUAGAGGAGUCCCCUCCAGGCGCGGCCUCCACACCAGCAUCGACACCGGUUGCGUCCACUGCAGGCACGGCACCGCCCAGCGCCAGCAUUCAGCAGGCAGUCCAGCUGCAGGUCGAAGCGCAGCUGAAGCCCAUGGCGGACCAGAUGAUGCAGAUGCAGCAGAUGAUGGAGGACACGUCCGCGGGAUGGAUCACGGUGAAGGAGAGGGCCGCGGCCUUCGAGAGCGGCUCG